CCUCGCUUCAGGUGUUGGGCAGCGACUGCGGGGAUGACUCGGCCGAAGUCGUGGUGGACCUGCUGUCACAGCUCGAGAAGAGGGACACUGAGCUAUCGCGUGCUCGUGGCCGGUGCGAGCGGCUCUCUGAGGCCCUGGCCCAGAGUGAACGAGAGGUGGCUGCAUGCAGGGAUGCCUUGCACGACUACCAGCUGCAGAUGGAAGCUCAGCGGGCGACCCACGAGGCACAGCGCUCCCGCGUGCACGACUUGCAGGUGCAACUUGGUGAGGCACGGGAAGGCUGCGAGUUCCUGCAGGCGGAGCGUGCCACCUUGGCGGAGGCACAGCUCGAGUCCGAGGCCGAGAUGCGUCGCCUCCGUGGUCUCCUCGAGGCAGCCCUGGAGACGUCGCGCAUCCUCUAUCAGCGCUGUGCCAAGCUCUUUGCAAAGUGCCAGCAGAAGAGUGUGCGGCUGUCCCAGCUUGAAUCGCAGCUGGAGUGUCAGCGGCCCAUUGCCGAAGCCACGGCCAGCAGCAGCCAGGCACUGGCCCAGCUGUCGGCCAAGCUCCAAGCCUUCCUCAAGACCAGUGUGCUCUUCGCUGCUUCACACUUGCAGCUUGACUCGGAGGUGUUGGAUGAAAUCAUGGACGACCUGGAAGGUUCUGGAGACGAGCACCCACCUGCACCAGCAGUGCCACCACCAAGCAAGGACAGACUGGCACCGCUGGAUGUCUCCUUUGCUAACGGAGACUCCGAGCCAGACUCGAGUUAUGGCACGCCCGUCGACGAGCUUCCACCGAGCACCUCUGCCGAGCACAGUUCUCUCGUGCAUGCGAUCCUGCAGGCUGCCGCAGGCUCCCAACUCUUGGCACGGAGUGAAGACUUGCCCAUCAAUGGCGAGAGUGAAGUGCACGACAAAUUGGCCGAGCGAAGAAACUUGUGUGUUGUGGAGCGCACCCUGGUGGAUUGCAAUGGUGUGAGUGGGGAAGGUAGACUCGGGGGCCAGGUGCCACCUGCGGGCUCCAUAGACGAAGAGGCGGGUCUUCAGUCUGCAAGGAGUCCCGCUGUGUCCCACACCAAUGGAUUUCGUGUAGACGAUGGCGCAGUGAUGUUCAGGCCAAACCAGUGCCUCGCUACCAGCCUACCUAGCGGUGUGAGCGGUUCCUCGGAAAAUGGGCUCGGAGGUCAGGGCCCCAGUGACGAAGACGCAGCCCAGUCAUCCAUCUCGGGCAAACCGGUGGGCACGGUUCCACCCUUCCGCACAGUGGCAGCCACCGACAGCAAGACCCCAGCUGGUGCAGGUGGUGCUGGUGUCGGUGGGCACGAAAGGGCUGUGGCAGAACUGGCAUCCCUGUCGGGCAAGCUGGUCCGCAUCCAUUCACUCAUGCAGGCUCGUGUUCAAGAGCGAUUGCGCACUGAUCACGAACAGAUGUAAGUGUG